AUGAAAGGAGCCGCUUUCCUCGCCUUCCCCGCCUCCACACUGGCCGGAUCCGUACUGUGGAGCGGCAUCUUCAACUCGUCCUAUACUGUCGCUGACUUUGACGAAUGGUCAUGGAGCAACCAAAUCGCCCCCUGGCAAUGGUACAUCCACGGCGACGGCGAAACCUCCGAAUACCUAGCCCUAUCCAGCGAUUACAAGAACCCAGCCGCGAGCGAUGCCCAGGGUCUGCGGACUAGACUUGAUAGUACCUCCUUCUGGGAAGGUCAAUCAAUGCAACGCACCGAACUCAUUCCCCAAAUGUCUCCCUCCAGCUCCGCCUCCGACCUCGGCUCCGGCCAUCUCUACUACCACUUCUCUCUGUCUGCCAGCAGCACCAACCCUCCUUCAUCGUCGAGCGAGCACCAGAUUGCCUUCUUCGAGAGCCAUUUCACGGAGCUGCAGUACCAGGAUAACACGCUGAAGUGGAAUGCCGGCGGGGAUACGCAUUACUCUGUGGAGCUUGAGACGGGCAAGUGGUACAACUUUGCGUAUGAUAUUGAUUUCGAUAAUCAGAAGGUUGGGCUCUGGGCGUCGAAUGGAUCGGAUGCGUUGACGGAGGUGGUUAGUCCUGUUAGUGCGAGUGCGAGCUCGAAUGGCGAGGAUUUCCAUGUGGGUGUGUUGAGUCUGACGGGUGAUGGGACGGAGGACUGGUUCUGGAGUGGGGUUUAUAUUGAGAAGGGCGAUUUGACGAAGAGUAUUGGGGAUGGUAGCAGCAGUGAGAGCUCUUCGAGUGGUAGUGCUGCUACUACUACGGCUCAGGCUGUGGAGAGUACUUCGAGUGCUGCCGCUGCCGCUACUUCUGCUGCUACUUCCGCUGCCACUACUUCCGUCGAGGCUACCACUGCUGCCGCUGCUACCCCUACUCAGAAUGUGGCUGUUGCUUCGUCGUCUACUACUUCCGCUUCGACUACCUCCGCUGCUACUACCAGCUCCGAGUCGACGGCCGCGGCUACCCCCUCUGCUUCUACCCCUGUCAUCGCUACGCCCGCUGCUGCUCCCUCUGCUGCUGCUGCCUCUGGAUCUGCCGCUCUUCCCGUCCCUACUACUGCCUCUCAGAUUCUGACUGAUGUGCGCGCGCUCUUGACUGCGCUUCUGGCUCGGCAGGGAGUGCAUGCCCGUGACUUUGCUGUUUAG